GGGCCAGGCAAGCUUAUAAAUAUGGAUACCAAACGGCCACAUGAAUUUAACUUAUGCACAUUUUUUCUGUUUUGUUUUCUGAUUUUUUAGGUGACUCUCUAACUACACUUUUGGAGAAAAAAUGGCGAAAUCCCCAGAAACUGAGCACCCAAUCAAAUCCUUUGGAUGGGCUGCCUAUGACACAUCUGGUGUUCUUUCUCCUUUCAACUUUUCAAGAAGGGCUACAGGGGAGAAUGAUGUGCAGUUCAAAGUGCUGUAUUGUGGAAUUUGUCACUCAGAUCUUCAUAUGCUCAAGAAUGAGUGGGGCAAUUCCAAGUAUCCUAUUGUGCCCGGGCACGAGAUUGUGGGCGUGGUAACUGAGGUAGGUAGCAACGUCGAGAAAGUUAAAAUUGGUGACAAAGUAGGUGUUGGGGUACUUGUCGGAUCGUGUCAAAAAUGUGAAAAUUGUACCAAUGACCUCGAACAAUAUUGUCCUAGCCACAUUGCCACAUAUAGUACAACUUACUAUGAUGGAACCACAACAUAUGGAGGUUACUCAAAUCUCAUGGUUACUGAUCAGCAUUUCGUGGUUCGUUGGCCGGAGAAUUUGCCAGCGGAAGCUGCUCCGUUGUUAUGUGCUGGAAUUACAACAUAUAGUCCUUUGAAAUAUUUUGGACUUGACAAGCCUGGAUUGAACAUUGGUGUUGUCGGACUUGGUGGACUUGGUCAUAUGGCUGUGAAAUUUGCUAAGGCUUUUGGUUGUAAGGUUACUGUGAUCAGUACUUCGGUUAAUAAGAAGGAUGAAGCUAUUGAACGUCUUGGUGCUGAUUCUUUCUUGCUCAGUCGUGAUCCUGAACAAUUGCAGGCUGCAGCAAGCACAUUGGAUGGAAUAAUAGACACAGUUUCAGCAGACCAUCCUAUUCUUCCAUUGCUCAAUAUACUAAAACCUCAUGGAAAGCUUGUAGUGGUUGGUGCACCACCAAAACCACUUGAGUUGCCAGUUUUUCCCAUAAUUAUGGGGAGGAAAAUAGUUGGAGGAAGUAUUAUUGGAGGAAUGAAAGAGACACAAGAGAUGCUUGAUUUUGCAGCAAAGCAUAAUAUAAUACCAGAUGUUGAGAUUGUUGCAAUGGAUUAUGUGAACACUGCCUUGGAACGACUUCUCAAAUCGGAUGUCAAGUAUCGUUUUGCGCUUGAUGUUGGGGAAACAUUGAAAGCUGAUUAAGAGUAAUUAGCGUGCGAGCAAGCUGGUCCGAACACUAUUAAGAAAUAAAGUAUUUUAUAUUUUGCGAGAAACUUGAAGAGUUUAUUUAUGGUUUAUUUAGUAGAUUUUGGCGAUUAUGUAGUAUUGCAUAUCUCAUAUCUGUCUUUUCCCCUUAAUCCUUGAAUUAUAUAUGUGUCAUUUGCCAGACUGUUGAUGGCUGAAAUUUGACUUCUGUGUUGUGGUUUUACCUCGAACUAUGAUAAUGGUAUACCUGGGGUCUUUCUAACAA